AGGCAAAACAUGCUAACCCAAAGAGACAUUCACGUGAUGCCGACUGGCGUCCAUUCAAACGUCAUCCCCCACCUCCACUCAUCGAUUGACUUGGAUCCUUCAACUACCACCUCCCCACCCAUUACCACUUCCGACCCAGCUGCCGCUCCGCCCUGCGCCGCCGUCCGACUGAAUUACAGAAAUGUCUGCCGAGUCCACACCGAUGUCCACCCCCGAAUCCUCGGUUUACACGCCCACCGAAUCUUCCGUAUCCGGCUCCGUCGACUCGCUGUCCUUCAACCAGUCAGCCUCGUUCAUCGCACACCCAUCUUCACCAUCACCACCGUCGCCGCGGUCGAUCGCGUCGGACUCGUCGCUGUCAACCGAUGACGAGGCGGAGGCCGAGUGGCAGGAGAGUCUACAGCAGCUCGAGCUCCUGUUCUCACUCGUCGUGAUCCCAUUUUUUGGCAAGUGGGUGGGGCGUCGUUGCGCAUAUUGGGCGUGGACUAGGUUCAUGACAUGGAAGUAUCCGGUGGACAUCGUCAUCACGAACCGGAAGGCAUUCAACAUCGCCGGCGCGCUGGGCGCACUCUCCACAGGGCCUACAUCCGCUGUCGCGGCGUCGCUUUAAAUCUGUAUUAGAUCAUUCGUUCAUUCAUGGAAAGAUUCCCGUGGAGUUUGGGGCGUUAUAUUUGUGCUCUGCAUUGGUGGCAGAUUUUACCUCCCCGGUGGGGAGGGGUAGAGUUGGGAUCGCGGCGGAGGAGGCGUUGAGAUCUGUACAUAGGUUUGCUGGAUGGGAACGUAAUCGGGAGCGCGUGUCACUGCAAUUCUCUACACGUUGCAAUGUGACGAGCGAGCUAUUGAAUGAGGCAUUUGGUGGAUGUGAACCUAAAUUCCAUCCACGCAGCAUUUUCUCAAGGGGAACCGGGUA